AUGAGUGGCAUCCAGCGCUUUCUCACCAAGCGUGGAGAGAGAUAUAGACGCCCUGGAAAGCAGGACAAAGAGCUUCCAAAUCCAAGUGUUCGCAGCUAUUUACGCGGCCUAGUCAUCAAAAGUGAAACUGUCUCCAGCCUGGACAGAGAUGAUGAGCAGAAUGUUAAGACACUAGAGAAGAAACUCGCUUUUGUAGGAAUUAUUGAUCUUAACAAUGAACAAAUACGGGGCGCUCUCACAUCGGAUUACGCGCAGGGUGAUGUGGAGAAAGCGUUUGAUCUGCUUAUCAUUCUAGAAGACUCGAUCGAAGGUAUACUACGUGAUUACAACACAACCACCAAACUCGUGGGGGCCGUGAAUCGAAAAGGUGUUACAUGCUACUUGGAUUCUCUUCUCUUUGCAAUGUUCUCGAGGCUGGAUUUUUUCGAGGCUAUUUUGUACACCCCUUUUACCGAACCCAACGAUCCCCGGAGAAAAUUGGUUAUUAUUCUGCGGCUGUGGGUGAAUAUGCUGAGAUCUGGAAAACUUAUCACGACCGAUAUUACGGAACACUUGCAAGCAUCUCUCUCUGAAUGCGGCUGGAAGGAAGCUGCAGAUCUUCGUCAGCAGGAUGCAUCGGAGGCCUUUACGUUUAUCACCGAGAAGCUGGAGUUACCUUUACUGACUCUCAAGAUGGACAUAUACCAUACCGGAAAAGAAGAUGCGGCGGACGACCACAAGUUUAUCAAUGAAAGGCUGCUCGAAGUAGCGAUCCCGCCAGAGCAUAUUGACGGUACACCAAUCACUCUAGAGGAAUGUCUGGAGGCAUAUUUCAACAACAAGAUCGAAGUUAAGAGGUAUCUUGAGAGACGUGGAACGAUAAACUCCGUGAGAUCCUUUGACUCCACUGUGAAAGGAGGCGGCAGUGUACAUAUCGAAGCCGUUGAAGUGGGCUCAUCAGCGCCAUCUCCUGUCAGGACAAGUUCUCUUAAAAUCGGGUUUCCGCUGUCUGAGACUCCCUCGGUGCCGUCGAUAAUAUCGCGAAAGUCAAGCAUUGUCCAAGAGCGAUUUGUUCCCGAUAAGGAUUCUAGCGAUCAUUCAACUCAACAUGGUCGGGCACGGAAAGGAAGCUAUCGAAAAGAGGUGAUGAUGCCGGCGUGGCAAUUUUUCAGUUUAAUUCGAUUGCCUCAUUUUAUUCAGGAUGAUGCGCUGGACGAAGAUGGACUGUUAUACGGCAACUUCAAGCUAUUACUUCAAUCUGUUGUCUGCCAUCGAGGGAACUCGGUUGAUUCAGGCCACUAUAUCGCUCUCGUGCGGGGCACAAAUUCCACUGCUCUUCCUUCGACAUCACAUAGCACCGAUUCCAAUUCGCUCUUUAGCUCGGAUAAUCCAGAGCAAUGGAUGCGAUUCGAUGACUUGGCUGCCGAGCGCAUCACGCGUGUCGAUAUUGAACAAGCACUAAAGGAGGAGUCGCCGUACCUUCUUUUCUAUCAGAUUGUGCCAAUCGACGAUAAUAGUUCUAUGAUAGAGAGUGCUACCGAUAAGCGGGCCUCUCUUUUUAAGGAACCGGAAGAAGUGAAAGCUGAUGUAGAACAAGAGGCGACUGAUAAUCUAGAGCCUCCGCCCGAUACGUCUGCGCCCUCGGUUCGGCUUAGCUUUGACCUCUCGAGCUUACGCCCACCGCAAGAGAGCACCGAGAACCUCGAAUUUUCAGAUUCUCACGAUAAAUUGAUGGACAUUAACAACGGCAGACAAAGCAAUGCCACCCUCCGUGAUGCAUUCACUCACCGUCGGUCUUUAUCCCUCCCCCGCCGGACCAAGGAUUCGCAUAGCCGUUCACGAAGCCGAGGUGGUGACCAGUCUGGAGAAAAGCGCAUUAGCACAGCGUUUUCAAAACUGACCAUGCGGAUGAGCAGGGACAAGGGCACUGAUGGUAACAAUGAUGGGCUGACCGACGUCGAGGACAGCGUGGCACCGCCGCUUAUGGUAGGAGACACAGACGCGAAGGAGGAGAAGCGAGGCCGCGAAUUGACAUUCAGGAACCAUAAUGGCAAGCAGCGCCAGAGGUCCAAGAAAGGACGAAACAACCCUGACAGGGAAUGUGUUAUGAUGUGA